UGUACCACGUGAACGGCCUACGGUGGAGGUUCACGAAGUCGACGAGGUAUCUACGACGGCACAGUCAGCUGCCUAAGGUCCGGUUGGCUAGUCGCAGCCAGCGAGCUUUCUCCACAAGGUAGACGCGCGUAACGACAAGACACCACCAUGGCGGACGAUGAGAGAAAGCGCAUCGAGGAUGAAAAGAAGAGGAAACAGGCGGAGACCGAGAGGAAGAGGGCGGAGGUCCGCGCCCGUCUCGAGGAGGCUUCCAAAGCCAAGAAGGCGAAGAAGGGUUUCAUGACCCCCGACAGGAAGAAGAAGCUUAGGUUGCUGUUGCGUAAGAAAGCCGCCGAGGAAUUGAAGAAGGAGCAGGAAAGAAAAGCGGCCGAGAGGAGGCGCAUAAUCGAGGAGCGCUGCGGAAAACCGAAGAUCGUCGACGACGCCAACGAAGUGGAGUUGAAGAAGAUUUGCCAAAUGUAUUACGACCGCGUCCACCUUUGUGAGGGUCAGAAGUGGGAUUUGGAGCGUGAAGUUCGGAAAAGGGACUACGAGAUCGCGGACUUGAACAGCCAGGUCAACGAUCUCCGAGGUAAAUUCAUGAAACCAACCCUGAAGAAAGUGUCUAAAUACGAGAACAAGUUCGCCAAGCUCCAAAAGAAAGCCGCCGAGUUUAAUUUCCGUAAUCAGCUGAAGCAAGUCAAGAAGAAGGAAUUCACCUUGGAGGAGGAGGACAAGGAGCCCAAGAAGUCCGAGAAGGCAGAGUGGCAGACCAAGAAGUAGAUUUAACAUAAGAACAGUAAAACAAUUUGAGUGCAAAAUCUCAAUAAAACACAAACAUUAUUAUUACGACGCAAACAGAAAAAUCGGGAACAAACGAGAAAAAGUCAAGAAAUUUCUAUACAGACACGCGUACACUUACAUACGAAGAGAACACUAACACGAUCGCGUUUGUACAGUCGACCUGACACGGGCGCGCGCGAAAAAUGAGCCGCGUAAAAGCGCAUGGGGAAGAAGAGGAGAAAGGAAAAUAAAUGUGUAAACGCGUUUAGAACAUUUUUGAUACCGUUUUCCAUCGACGUCGCGCGCGUUCGCCGGCGCGUUCCCGCCGUCACGUUCGUUCGAAUUGUUGUCAAACUAGUUCGUUAGCGCAGCGAAACAAAUUAACGAGUGAGAAUUGAAAAUUGCGCGAACAAUUCUAGGAGUUGGCCGAUAUUUGAUUAUAUCCCUCUUCCGUGCGGACUAGACGGUCAAAAUGUGCGAUGUAGGGAGAAGCUGACUCUGCGUAAAUAUUCACGUACAACUGUUAUACAUAUAUAAAAGCGAUAAGUUGUGGCAAUAAACGAUCGAAGAAAGCGCACGUGAAUAA